UCCACGCUCCUCCAUGCCUCUCAGUCAUGGGCUCUCUCUCUCUUCUCCUGCGAGGUUAAGGUUCUAAACCUCGCGGAGAGUAGAAGCCCAUAAGCAUGGAGCUCCACUCGCGUGUCGCCGGCAAGAAGCUAUGGAACUACCUGCGAGUGGCCUUCUUCAUGGCGAGGAAAGGCUUCGCGUCGAAGCGGAAGCUGUUGAUGGACACGAAUCUGCUGAUGAUGAAGCGAGGGAAGCUCCUAGGUAAAUCCCUCCGCGGUCUCAUGUCGCACCACCAGCACUCGCGGCCCGAAACCCCGGCCUUUGGCCGUUGCGAGUACGAGUUCUCGUGCAGCAACAGCCCCAACCCUGUGUUUUUCCACGCCAAGCGCCGCCACAACUACUUCCCAUGCCUGCACCCGGUCGUCGAGGAGCCCCCCGACGACGACACCCUGCGCCGGCCGGCCGUGGUGCGGCUGCCGAAACUCGAGUACUCGCCCCAUUGCUCCUCCGUCGACCUGCUCGCCUCGGGGGUGAGUCGUACGCCGUUGUUGUCUCCCUUCUCCGUUCGCGUCUCCAACUAUUCGUCCGGCGGCGAGGACGACGACGACGGCGGAUUGGGCCAAGAGGUGGACGACGAGGCCGAGGAAUUCAUCAGAAGAUUCUACGAGCAUCUGCGGGCGCAGAGUCGUAUUGCGUUGCUUCAAUACCAGGAAAAGCAAUAUCAAGAGAUGCUUGUAAGAGAGUUAUGAUAUCAUGGAGAUUGCGAAGUAUUCAUAUUAGCAGUCGCUGUGUGGUUUAUAUGUAUGACUUCCUGUGUUUUAGUUCGGGAAGUGGGCUUUAAUAAUACUGGUGAUGGAAUCUGCUGUACUUUAACACUGUGAAACGAUAAUUUGAAUGAACUCUUACGUAUA